AUGGAGGUUGAGGGCACACAGGGAGGGGAGGAGGUCUCAAGGGACCCCUCUGUCGACCUUCUUCUAGGUCAAUACACCUUGAAGUUCCGAGACACAGUCGAGGAUCUUCCUGGCGAUCUCAAGGUAUUGACCACCUCCAUUGUGAAAGCCACAGACUGGGUUCUGCGGGCCGCGCACCACGAUCUGCUUUCCAUCGAUGGGGGCGAUGCCUUCGUGGCCCAGAUGACGUCCUUCGUGAACGCCGUCAUGGCCACCGACUUUAGUCGUAUUCACGGGCCAGGCAAACUCGACAACUUCUCGCUCGCCUCUCUCCUUGAGGCCGAGACAUCUUCCAAGGACGAGCCAACCAUCCAUCCGGCUCCCGCACUGGAUGACCUUGGUCGCCUGGCCUCCCCUCCUCGCAUCCCUGCUUCUAAAAAGCGUAAGGGUGUCGAUCGUCCAGUUCCACCUCCUCCUCAGAAGAAGAGCAAGGUGGCCUACUCACGCCCUGGUCCGCCCCCACCAAUCAACUGCGCUACCAAACCCAAGCCCCGUCCAACGACAUGGGCAGGGAUCACACAACAGGCCGCUCCGAUGCCUCCCCCGCCUCCUGGCUUGGGACCCCGCAUUCCCAACGGGCCCGAUGAAGACUUCACCUCAUCGGUUCUCGUGUUGUUCGGGGGUACCCCUCCCGACCUCACGAAAUUCUUCACCGAGUCGGCUGUCCGUGCGGCCAACGGGUAUCUCAGGGAUGGUCGAUCCAUGCUAAAGGUCACCUCCAUUGUCCGCGCCUACGACAGCCUGUCGUUGAUCACCCCCGCUGUUGCCAGUCCGUCCAACCUGGACAUACUGCGCAACUUCAUCCGGUUGAAAAUCACCCAGGAGGCGCUUGAGAAGGCCCUUCACACCUCGGUUCAUGCUGAGGUCUUUGCAUAUCUGAGCACCAAGCCUCGGAUCGACCGCAACUUGGCACACUCGACAUCGUGCACCGUGUAUUGCAACAUCUGGGACUCCCAGCAGGGAACCUGUGCCAAGAAGGCUUUAGGCCAACCGAUUUUCCUCGCCGGACGGUCCUGCGCGAUCAGGCCCGCCGCACGACAUACCGGGGUCCCGCUCUGCCAGCGCUGCUGGAAAUGGGGCCACCCCACCGUCGCCUGCAAGGUGAAACAACUCUCCUGCCCCAUCUGCUCGGGUCCGCACGAGCAGAAGGAGCACUGUCAACAUGCGGGAUGUUGCAAGGGCAACACGAAAGCGAAACCCCCUGUGCCGCCCACCCCUCGCGACCAGCCUUGCCCCCACAAGGGCCGCUGUGUCAAUUGCCACAAGGACCACGCUGCCAACUCAGCUUUGUGCAAGUUCUGGGCCCAUCGCUACGACCGUGAGUGGAUCAUGGCCGAGUAUCGUCAGACUAAUGUUGGGAAACCAUCAGGAUCUAAGUAG